AAUAAUAAUUAUUUUUGUACUAUUUUCCUGAAACCUAAUGGAUGAAACGUUUUGUUUAUUGAGAAGGCAUCUCAUUCAUUUUCAUCACUCCACUAAAGGUUCAUUUUCAAGAAUUUCGAAAGGGUCAUUGAGAAAUCGAGAAUCUUUGCAUUGCUUUAAUUCAUUACCUCUAUUCACUGUGAAUGAUUUAACCCGAAUGAAUUGGCUGAAAAAGAAGUUGAUUGGUAAAAGAUUAGUAGUAUCUAAGAUGGCUGGAUAUGAAGGGAUAGCGACAAGUUCUGAGGUGAAAUCGGGUAAAAUGAUAUUCGAGCCAAUUCUAGAGGAAGGAGUUUUUCGUUUUGAUUGUUCUGCCGAUAGUAGAAAUACAGCGUUCCCGAGCAUUUCUUUUAAGAAUUCGAAAGAGAGGGAGACGCCAAUUAUGAAUGUUCAUAAAAUUCCAACGUACAAUCCCACAUUUGAAUGUGUUAUGGGACAACAGAUAGUCAGUAUUGAGUUCCCGUCUGGUACCUCCUUUUAUGGAACUGGAGAAGUUAGUGGGCAGCUGGAGCGAACAGGGAAGAGAAUUUUUACUUGGAAUACUGACGCAUGGGGCUAUGGCACGGGAACAACUUCCUUGUAUCAAUCCCAUCCUUGGGUUCUAGCGGUUCUCCCUGAUGGAGAAGCAUUAGGGGUUCUUGCAGAUACUACACAACGAUGUGAGAUUGACUUGAGGACGGAAUCAAAUAUAAAGAUCAUUGCUCCAUUAUCAUAUCCUUUGAUCACGUUUGGUCCGUUUGCUGCACCAACGGAUGUUCUUAUGUCUUUCGCCCGGGCUGUUGGUACUGUUUUUAUGCCCCCAAAAUGGUCGCUAGGCUAUCAUCAAUGUCGUUGGAGCUAUGCUUCUGAUGCGCGAGUUCGUGAGAUUGCAAGGACAUUUCGUGAAAAAAAUAUACCUUGUGAUGUCAUAUGGAUGGACAUAGAUUACAUGGAUGGUUUUCGUUGUUUCACUUUUGACCAGGAGCGGUUCUCGGAUCCAAAGUCUCUUGCAGAUGAUCUUCAUAAAAAUGGUUUCAAAGCAAUCUGGAUGCUUGACCCUGGGAUCAAAUAUGAAAAGGGCUAUUUUGUUUAUGAUAGUGGUUCUGAAAGAGAUAUCUGGAUUCAAACUCCUGAUCGGAAGCCGUUUAUAGGGGAGGUGUGGCCUGGGCCUUGUGUAUUUCCUGACUUCACGAAAUCAGAAGCCCGUUCAUGGUGGGCUAAUCUUGUCAAGGACUUUGUUGAUAACUGUGUUGAUGGUAUAUGGAAUGAUAUGAAUGAACCGGCUGUUUUCAAGACUGUAACGAAGACAAUGCCUGAGAGCAAUAUUCAUAGAGGAGAUCCAGAGCUCGGAGGCUGUCAGAACCAUUCACACUAUCACAAUGUUUAUGGUAUGCUGAUGGCAAGAUCAACAUAUGAAGGCAUGAAACUAUCCGGUGAACAAAAACGUCCAUUUGUUCUUACUCGAGCUGGAUAUGUUGGUAGCCAAAGGUAUGCUGCUACGUGGACAGGGGAUAAUCUUUCUACUUGGGAGCACCUUCACAUGAGUAUAUCUAUGGUUCUUCAACUGGGGCUUAGUGGGCAGCCACUUUCAGGGCCAGAUAUUGGUGGAUUUGCUGGGAAUGCGACACCAAAGCUGUUUGGAAGGUGGAUGGGUGUGGGUGCUAUGUUUCCUUUUUGUCGUGGGCAUUCUGAAACUGAUACCAUUGAUCACGAACCUUGGUCUUUCGGAGAAGAGUGUGAAGAAGUUUGUCGAUUGGCAUUAAGGAGGCGUUAUCGGCUUUUACCUCACAUGUAUACUCUGUUUUACUUGGCACAUACGUUGGGUAUCCCAGUGGCAACUCCCACCUUUUUUGCUGAUCCCAAAGAUUUCGAGUUAAGAAUGCAUGAAAAUUCAUUCUUGUUGGGACCACUUCUCGUAUACACAAGCACCAGGCAUGAUGAAGAGUUACAUGAAAUGCAGCACAAGUUGCCUAAAGGAAUCUGGUUAAGUUUUGAUUUUGAAGAUUCUCAUCCGGAUUUGCCGUCAUUGUACUUGAAAGGAGGAUCCAUCAUUCCUUUGGCUCCUCCUCAUCAACAUGUUGGUGAAGCUAAUCGUACAGAUGAUGUAACUCUGCUGGUGGCUUUGGAUGAACAUGGUAAAGCUGAGGGUUUUCUCUAUGAAGAUGAUGGUGAUGGAUAUGAAUAUCUUAAAGGAGGAUACCUGUUGACAACAUAUGUUGCUGAACUUCAGCAUUCCACGAUCACCUUAAGGGUUUCGAAAACUGAAGGAUCUUGGGAUAGACCAAAGCGCCGCUUACACGUGAAAUUACUGAUUUGCCUUGGCACUGUGCUUGAUGCAUGGGGUACUGAUGGGGAGACUGUGCAAAUCGAAUUUAUACGUAACACAAUAAUGUUAAUUGCAGAAAGUGCUAAGCGUAUUCCAGACUUGGAUAAUGUUUCUGGACACAAAGGAACUGAACUAUCACGGACUCCUGUCGAAAUAAAAAGUGGGGUUUGGGCUCUGAAAGUAGUUCCAUGGAUAGGAGGUAGAAUUAUUUCCAUGGAGCACCUACCUUCAGGAACUCAAUGGCUUCACAGCCGGGUGGAUGUUAACGGUUAUGAAGAAUAUAGUGGAGUGGAGUAUCGAUCUGCUGGGUGCUUCGAGGCUUAUUCUGUUAUCGAUCGAAAUCUGGAGCAGGCUGGUGAAACAGAAUCCCUUGAGUUAGAAGGUGAUAUCGGAGGUGGAUUAGUUCUUGAGCGGAAAAUAUCUUUUCCAGAAAAUGACCCAAAGCUUUUCCAAAUUGAUUCUGGCAUCAUAGCUCGUAAAGUUGGUGCUGGUUCUGGUGGAUUUUCAAGGCUUGUGUGCUUGCGAGUGCAUCCAAUGUUCAAUUUGUUACACCCUACUGAAUCGUACGUGUCAUUUACCUCCAUCAAUGGUUUCAAGCAUGAGAUUUGGCCAGAAGCUGGUGAGCAGUUUUUCGAAGGGGAGCUUCGACCAAAUGGUGAAUGGAUGCUGGUUGAUAAAUGCCUUGGUCUCGCCUUAGUCAAUCGGUUCGAUAUCAGUCAGACAUACAAGUGUCUUGUACAUUGGGGAACAGGGACAGUGAAUUUGGAGCUUUGGUCAGAAAGCAGACCCGUCUCAAAGGAAUCUCCACUAAGAAUAUCUCAUGGAUACGAGGUAAGAGGAAUGUCAUAAAACAUUUUAAUCACAAGAUCGCUGAAACAUGUAUGGACCAGGGAGGAUGGAAGCACCAUGAUCUGCAUUGUUCUUUUACUCACAGUUCAGAACUUUUGCUUGUAAGUAGAUCAGUUAGAACUUCAUAUAAGUUAAUAAUGGCUUUUAUACUAAGCCACUGCAAUAAAUGGGCAUGAAGACAAAAUGCCCUUGACGUAAAAGAGACUGCAUCUUGUGGACACAACAGUCAUUUAUAUGAUAUGUUCUUUAUCAAUAAGAGUCAGAUAUGUAUUAUCCCAAUGUCAAUAAUUGUCCUGCGAUCUCUCUAAAGCAUGUAAUAUGACUCUGUCGAUAUAAUUGGCAGUAA